AUGCCUAUCGUAUCCUGCCCAAUUCCAGGCUGCGACUAUGCCACGCCGGAUCUGGAUGCCUCUAUUGUUGCUGCCCUGCUCACGACCCACUCCACAAUUCAUGCCUCUGCUGGGACAGGGUCUGCUGCCAAGAUAGAGAAGGUCAAGAGGCCCACCAUAGUUGCAGCCGGUACUAGCGAGGACUGGGCCUAUUUCACCUCUCGAUGGUCCGAUUAUGUGGAGGCUACCAAGAUUUCAGGCAAAGACAAAGUCGUGCAACUCCUUGAAUGCUGCGAUGAACCUCUUCGCAAGGACCUUACAAGAUCCUCUGGUGUCAGCCUCACCACCAAGUCUGAAGCUGAGGUACUGGCGGCCAUCAAGAGGCUUGCUGUGCGUGAGGAAAACACCAUGGUGGCUCGCGUGGCGCUACAUAACAUGCGUCAGGACCGGGAUGAGACAGUCCGCAGCUUCGGGGCCCGGUUGCGUGGUCAGGCAGGGAUCUGUAAGUUCAACAUUAAGUGCCCUGGUUGCUCUAUGGAUGUCAACUACACUGAUGAGAUACUGCGGGAUGCCCUUACCAGGGGAAUCGCUGACCCCGAGAUUCAGCUCGACCUCUUGGGGGACAAGAACCAGACCAUGGACUUAGAGGACGUCUUCCAGUUCAUCGAGGCGAAGGAGGCCGGCAAGCGUUCUGCUUCAUCCCUCCUGGACUCUCACGUUGUGAACUCCGCUAGCAGCUCAUAUCGGAAAACAAAGCAAAUGCACCUCAAGGAAGGCCAAGACUUGUGUAACUACUGUGGCAAGAAGGGACAUGGACGGGGUGCCCCUGCUCGCGUCCGUAAGACACAAUGCGAUGCAUAUGGACACAAAUGCAGGCACUGUGAUAGGUUCCACCACAUGGAGAACGUAUGCCGAAGCAGGACAAACCUAAACGUCUCCCUCCGGUGA